ACCCACCAAAGUUACAGCUGUGAAGGAGAGAGUGUGCGCAAAUGUUUGGUUGUGUGUGUGUGUGUGUGUGUGUGCGUGCGUGCGUGUGUGUGUGUCGAGGUUUGUGUAGGUGCCUUAGAACGAAUGAGAGAGAAAGAGAGAGGGAAGAGGAGAUCGGAAGACUCGAAUCGAUCGGCGGGAGUUGGUCUCGAGCUUUAUUACGGGGGUGUCGGUGGUACGUUUUCGCGUGUUAACAAAGUAUCUCGGGCGAACCUCGAAGGUCGUGACACAGAGAAUCUAUCCAACGAGUGUUUUUUUUUCUAUUUUCUGUUUCUUCCAGUCAAAAAUUUAACUUUUUUUUUUCUCGAACAUUUGUACUUCCUCUAGUAUUCUUCGCACCUUGCCCUCACUUAUUGUUUCUUCAAACGUUGUCGAAACUGACUCCUCCCAGAUAUUACCCAGAAUCCCAAAUACACCACGAGAUCGUAAACGGUUUUACAAUGUUAAACGUUUAUUUUAUUUCAAACUUUUUUCCAACUGAGGGACCUUCUUCAAUUACAAUUCCCGUUUUUUAUUCUUGCCGUUAAUAUUGAGCUUUACCUACGUGCCUGUACGUAUAUGUGUGUUUUUAUUUAUAGGGUGGGGGGGAUUCAGUGAAUGACCGGUCACUCUUUCGAUGACUCGGUUCCAUGAAAAAUAUUUACUUUGUUUAUUGUUUAUCCAAUCGUCCCCUGCGAGGAUUCUUUCGGAUCUUGGAUUUUAUAAGAAUUAAGAUGAAAAUUGACACCGCAGUGGAUUUGACAUAGGUUAAAAAGAGAGAACGUGUCCGAAAUCGGGUGCGAAAAUGGACAAUUCGCAGCCGUAGUUGGGGAGCAGGAAGAGAGAAGAAGAAGACAUAAAGGAGAAUAAUAAGAAGAGAGAAGGUCAAUCGAAAACGAGGGAAAGCGUUGACAAAAUGUUAGUCACUCAGUCUCCUGCCCCUGUGGAGACACUGCCGAACGUGUUGUCGGUACUCGAGGAGGAGACGAACGCUGACAUCGGCGAUGUUUUUCCACCGCACGUAGAUACCUCGAAUAUCGUAAUAUUACCUGAGUCACCGACAAGCAAAAAGCAAACGCUCAAAACUUUCAACGAGGUGAACACUUUGCUUCAGGCCGGUCGAAAGAGAGAAGUCAAACUCAUCAUAAGGGAAAAUGCUUGGCCCUUGAACAAUGGUAUAAGGACACAGUUGUGGCCAGCACUUUGCAAUCAACACGCUCAUGGCAAAAGUAUGCUCGAUGGAUUUUAUUGGGACAUGGUCAAUCAAGUCUUUGGAACGACGGAGCUGCCAGAAAAAUCGAUAAUGUUGCCACCGUUCGUGGACAGUACUCAUUGCCUCUCGUACAAUCUUACGAGAAAAGGUAGAAGCGUUGCGGAUCGGGUCGUGUCUGUACUCGGUUAUGCAUGUCCCGAUAUAACUUUCAGUCCAUCCUUGUAUCCCAUAACGGCUCUUUUGCUGCACUUUAUGCCAGAAGAAGAGUGCUAUCAUUGCAUGGCAAGUUUAGUCGCAGCUAAGGAAAAAAUGUUCAUUACUCAAACGAAACUUCUUUACGAAGUAACGUGGAAGACUGUCGAACAAAUAACGAAGAAACACGUGAAAUCGGCUGCGGUACACUUAGCAAGACAUUGUUCGGGUUCGAGAGCCGAGAGAAUUUAUAUGGAUUGGAUUUGGUGGAUUCUUCAAUUACUACCUUUUCAGCAUCUAGUCAGGGUCAUGGACUGUUUUUUGCACGAAGGUUCUAAAGUUUUUUAUCGAGUAGCCAUGGCAAUCGUGUUGCUGUUCUACAAGCAUUCAUCGUCACAGAGUUCGGAGUGGAUGAAUGAGAUUUCGAAGAAUGGAAUAGACGCUGCGUUGUCGAAAUUCUGCAGGCAAAUACCGGUGAGCCCGGCCAAGUUUUUACGUACUGCCUUUGGAAUUCGUGGACUGAGCUCGGCUUACAUAUCAAGAGUAUUUUUGCGAACGGAAAUGGCACUCAAGAGCCGUAGCGUACUCGCAGGUUCGAGGUCACUGGCGAGAUCACGAUCUACCGACAAUUUGCCAACGAGCCAGUCUCAGGUCAACAUACAAAUGAUGUCGCAUACGCUCACCAUAAGAGAGAAAGAGUGUGAAGACACGUACAAAGACAGGCUGUUCACUCUAUGGUCGUGGUUGCCCGUAAGGAUCACAAUGUAUCAACCGAUUUUGUUGUACACGACCGAGGAGCAUGGCUGUUCACUGACUACUUUUUACGUUCGCGUCGAACAGCACGAGCCAACGCUCCUCAUGAUCAAAACUUGCAACAAUGAGGUUUUCGGGGCAUACUGUUCGACUCGGUGGUGCGAGCGUAAUUUGAAGGAUGAUAAAGGCCAGAGACAGGCUUAUUUCGGUACGGGAGAAACAUUCCUGUUCAGCUUGUAUCCGGAACGUGCCAAAUACCCCUGGAUUGGCAUGGAUUCUUCACACAACGAUACAAGAGUGCAUCAUUCGGCUGAACUUUUCAUGGCUGCUGAUGCAAAAAUGAUAACCAUCGGCGGUGGGGGAGGCCAAGCAAUAUGGAUGGACGAGAACAUACGGUUCGGUAAAACGGAUCACUGUUCGACAUUCAACAAUCCGCCGCUCUGCGCGAGCGGUGAUUUCGAGAUAAGAGUACUGGAAGUGUACGGCUUUUCGGGAGCUUAAAAGAGAAAAAACGAAAAUGAAAAGAGACCUUGGAGAGAGAAAGCAACAAAAAAAAAGAAAGCAAAACGAAACGAUCGUUAAGAGUUCUACGAAGCUCGAAGCGAAAUAUCGUUGAAAUUGAUUCCCUACUGCCAUUAUUACCAACUCUCUAGACGUGUGCAUGUGCCUGUGUUUAUUCACACACGUAUAUCCAAAAAAAUAUACACACAAGCGUGCACGCAUAAAUGUAUAUUAUCGUUCUGUCAUCGAUGUGUAAUUUUCGCGAAAAAAAGGAGAAGGAUAAGAAAAGAACGGAAGAGGAAAAGGGAGAGAAUGAAAAAGAGAAGGAAAACAAAACGUACGAAAAUGGUCGUGUAUCCUCCGUUGAAUAUAUAGAUAUAUAAAUAGUAUUAUUAGAAAGUGAUUAUCGUGAUUGCGGAUCGUAAUUGAUCGUAUCUCCCUUACCCCUCGAAAAAUAGAAUGAAUAUUGUGAAAGAAAAAAAAACAAAAACAUGAGAAAAAAAUCAUUUCAAUCGUAAAAAAUAUCGCAAGUUUUUUCUCAUUGAAUUACGCUUUGCUCGCAUUCUUUAGUUCGUAGAUAAGAAACAAACAAACAAACAAACAAACAAAACCAACCACUACCUUCUAUUAAUUUAUCUUUAUAUUAUAAAAAAAAAUCUUUCGUUGUUGUUGUUGUUGUUGUUGUUGUUAUCGUUGCGUGCUAAAACAGCGUAUGCAAUCAUAGACGCAUGCAUAUCCGUAUAUUAUUCUCCCCUCUGAGCCCUGUAACUUUUACAGUCUCUCAUCGAACGUCACAGUUUUAAUUAGUUACGUGCAAAGUAUGAGGCUUUCGGAUGAAUACUUGGAAUGAAAAAAAAAACAGACACAUACCUAUAAAUCUAUACAUAUAUAUAUAUAAAUAUAUAUAUAUAUACGAAAUAUCAAAUGUUGACAAACUCCGCAUGCAGGAGAGCAAAUAUAGUGAGAAAUUGAAACUUCUUAUUUAACGAAUAAUAAGUUUGUAUAGACUUUGUAUUGAUAAGCGAUAAAUCCUAGUCCCCGCAACCCCUCGCCUGUGUCUGCAUUACUCUCAUUUUAUCAUUCUUUAUGAAUUAAUAUUGCGUUUAUCUUUAAAUAUAAUCUUGUUAUUUUGUAUGGAAUCGGGCAUGAUGUUGUAACAAGCCGAGCUCUCGAUUUCGACGUUCAUUAUUGUCUGGCCCACUAAGAGCCUCACAAAAUUUCGGUGCACACAGCAGCAAACAGCGUUUAUUGACAAUAAUGUUUGGAAUAAUUAAAUAUCUAACAGGAAUGAAAAACACAGGUUGACUUUUAAGAUUUGUUUCAAACGUGAAUAUUCUAGGAUUCAUCGGACCAGAAUUGCCGUUACAUAAAUGUACAGUAAAUAGUUUUCAUGAUCCAUAUACAUAUAUAUAUAUAUAAACGUAUACAUAAUUAAGGUAGUUUUUAUUAUAGGGCGGUCUUGAAUUUUGACUCACGUAAUCUUUAGACCGAAUCUAAAUAAAUUAACAAAAUGUCCGACAGAGGGUUUUCCUCAAUUCCAACGAAUUCUCCCGUCCCAAGAAAUGACUUUUUCCCUAUCCGGACACCACAUGGUAGCGUCUUGACACCAAGUAUUAAAAAGAAAAUGUUCGACUACGCAAGGCAGGAUGAGCCCAUGUGUCUAUAUUUGAAUAACUUAAGUUUCUGGGGUGUUUGUUCUGUUUUUUUAUUCUUCUGCAUACGCAUUAAUUAAUUCAGGCAAAAAACACGUAUUGAAAAAAUGUUUCAUGCGGAUUAUACGACGUGGCCUAGCGUUCAAAAGUUAUGAACUGUCAUUACAUUAAAUCAAUCCGUAAGUCAAAGUAUUAACGUUUUUCCCUGCAGUAAUUCAUCAUCGUAUCGUUAUUCUGUUUCUUUCGUUCUUUGUUCAAAAUUCAUAUUUCUUUUUUAUAUUUUCAUGUAGAAAAAUAAUGAAUAAAAAUUACUAUGUCCAAUUGUCAACCGCGUUAGUAAAAAAAUGCGAAAUUCAACAUUGCCAAGUCGUUGGAAUCUUGAUGUCUGGGAAAAGUAGGCACUCUCAGUAAUGCAUCAUUACGAGAAACGUAUCCUGUGCUAUGAAAAAUCUACUGCGGUGAUUUUUGUGCGACCAUUUCAAAGUCAAGUUGAACCUUCGAACAAAAAUCAUUUUCCGAUCGUAGCUAAGAGUCUGAUCGGUUCUCUUCAGUCCAGGUUCGCGCGAAAUCGUUUUUCAAUCUGGUGGACCUGUCUCUCUCUCUCUCUCUCUCUCUCUCUCUCUCUUCCUUUAAAUAUAUAUGCUCUUAAAGUAAAAAUUUUGACCUCAGAAAUGAGUUAUAUUUCAGAGAAUUCAAUCUUACAGCAGAUUUGGGGCUGCAACUGACAUUUUAACAGAACAAAGUGCUUUCGGUAGAGUCUAUGGAGAGGAAUAAACUCACAUUUUGAAAUAAAUGGCUUUUCUUUGCAUCAAAUUUGUGCUGUGAAAUGAGUAGAAUCGAAUUUCUUUUCGAAAUAAAAUAGAAAAUACUUCUAGUAUCUUAUAAACAAUACACUUCAUACGGAAAUAUAAUAAAUAGCCUUCGAGAGUCUUCGAGGAGUGGUCGAUUUCACUUAAAAAAAAAUCGUAUCUUGUUUUAAUGCAGACGGAACUAUUUCCCUUAGACUCUGAGGGAUUAUUGGUUAUGGCUUUUUAUUUGUAAAUUGUUAGUUAUAAUUUGACAGGGGUUGCAAUGUGCCAUUUUUCUUGAAAUCCAUUUACCAAUGAAUACACUUGAUGCAGAAUUUUAUUGAAGAGUAAUUGUUGAGAAUGGAUUACUUUAAAAAUGUUUUUUUUUUCUUUUCUCAUACAUACGGAUUGAAAGUAAUGAUAAUUAGUUACUCACUUUUAUAUUUGUGAGCACAGAAUGUUCUUAGAGCAAUGUUCGUGAGGCGAGCUUAAACACUUCAGAGACAUGUUUUAUUUGAAUGGAGCUAAAGUCACACCUUAAGACGGGAGUACUUGUUAGUAUUAAGAUUCAUCCUUUGAACGCAUUUUUAUUCAUUUGUUUCAAAUUGUUUAGAAAGGUACGUGAGUUAAAAUUCAAGAACCCACUUAGGGACUACCCGAAUAUGUGUGUACAGAAAAUUAUAAUCCAACAUUCUUCAAAAACAAUGAUUUUUAUUCACAUUUGUAUAAAUGUAUUGCUUUCCCAUGAUCCAUUUGAUCUAGCUCUGUUUUAUUUUUAGCUAUAAUAUCUUAGAGAGUUUACAUUUAUUUCAUCCAUAUACAUUAGGUUGUGCGGGAAAAAAUCGAUAUUUUCUUUUCUUUUGCGACCAUGCAGCCGAGAAAGUUGUAUUAAAAACCACAAGAAUAUUUUUUUACAGUAAAUUUAUUUCCUUACAAAAAGUCCUAAUGAACAAUUAGCUCGAAGUAACGUUUUGGUGCUAUCACCGUUUGAAGUUGAACCGAUAAAAAAAAAAAUUUCAUAAGACUGUAAAAAUCAAAUUUUUUGUUUCACGAACAAACUUUUUGGUAUUUUUUCGUAGAGAAUUACUUCUUCUAUUAGAAAACUGUUAUAAUUAUUGUAAUUUUACAAUUUUUAUAAAAUCACUGAUUUUUAUAAUUUUCAUAGAAUUAUUGUAAACAUGUUUCGUGCUUGGUUUUCAUAAGAUAACAAUGUUUUACACUGAUUGUAAAUGAAACACUCUCCCAGGUAGAUAACAUGCUAAGCUUUGGGGGUUUAUUUCAUCAAUUAAGAGUAAUUUGGGCCGAUAAAAAAAGUGUCUCUUGUUUUCGAUCAGCUACAUUCUUUAAAAAAAAUAUUGAAAUCGGAAGGGGACAGUACCCAAAAUAAAAUUUGACCUUGAGUGUUUUACCUCCUUAAUUUUUAUGAUCCGAGGAAAACUCAAAAACAUGUCAAUUUUUUUAUGCUCUGCAAAAUGGGGUUUGUUUUAUUAAAAUCGGAUCAUAAGUUUUUGUUAUACGACAAAAUUCUGGAUAUUCGGGGGUGAAUCAUCUCUAUUUAAUGGGGUGUAUAAGAAGUUGGACAUGUUAGAUAGGUUAUUUGAAAUGCAGAAAAUUUUGCUAUUUCGAUUUAUUGAGUGCUCCUGUAUGAAACACUCUAUCAGAUGCAAAACAUGUUCAACUUUGGGAGUCGAUUUCACCCGCUAAAAGUAACUUUAAGCCGAUAAAAAAAUACGUGUUUCUUAUUUUUCGACAUAUAAGGAAAUUAUCGAAAUCGAAGGGGAAAAUGAAGAAUGUUUUCUUGUCAGUGAAAACCAAGCACGAAACAAUAAAAAUAAGUGAUUUUAUGAAAAUUUUUAAAUUACAAUAAUUGUAAUAGUUUUGUAAAAAAGUACCAAGAAGUUUGUUCGUGAAACGAAAAAUUUGAUUUUUACGGUCAUGAAAAUUUUUUUUCGAUCGAUUCAACUACAAAAGGUGAUAGCCCCAAAACGGUUGCUCCGAGCUAAUUGUCCAUCAGGACUUUAUUGUAGGGAAAUUAAUUUCCUAUAAAAACAUAUUCUUGUGGUUUUUGUGUGAUAUUUUCCCAAAGAGUUAUGAUACGAUGAUCAGAGGUCUCAAUAGUUUCCUGGGUUAUUCUUAUGGAAAAUCUUGAAACGCGAUGCGUCGUUCGAAAUAAUUUUUUGGUGAGCUCUGCUUUUGGGGAUCUUUUUUUUCACCUUAAUUCGACUUUCUCGGCUGGAUGGAAAGGAAAAAAAUAUAGUUUUUUUCCCACACAUCCUAAUAUACAUUAUGCAUAAAGUUCUUUGUAUAUAUUAUAUAUAAAUAUCUAUUCUCGCGUUUGUUCAUAUACAUCGUGAUUAAUUGCUAAUUACAUACAGAACGGCGGAAUCGGCCAAUACCAAUAUUCGACAAGUAAUUAUCAACGGAGGUCGAAGGAAAACGAUGGAUGAUUGAAAAGGAGAAAAUUUCUAUGGCACUGAGUCCCUAACUAUUCCAAUUAUUCGCUCCGUUUUUUUUCUUAAAUACUAUUUUUAUUUUCUAUUGUUUCCACAUCUAAAACUUCGUCGCUACAACUUUGGUAGUUUGGAAGAGAAAGUUGUAAUUGUGAUUCCAUUGAAAAAGUGUGCUCAGUCACUACGAAUAAUUUUGCUUGACGAAAGAAUAUCAUUUGUCAUCCUAUUUCAUUCAUUCUCCAACUUUUUUUUUUAUUGUACUUGAAAGAAAUGUUAGUUUGUGGUGUCUGAAUCUUCCGAAAUUGAUAAAGGGGCAACGUGACAUAGAAAAAGAAAAAAAAUUGAAGCAAUUAGAAUUAUUCAGGAAUAUUUGAAGUGCGAUAUUACGAAGAGUGGCUGGAACCACUUUACUUCCGGCGAUGCUUUAUAAUCCGAGUGUGUAUAGCUUAUUCUAGCACGUGUAUAGAUUAUUUUUACGUUAUUUCGUUACUUGUGCCCACGCUCACGGACUGUAACUGUCCAUCGUUUUCUGAAGAUGUUUUGGUCGUAAAAUAUCAUCUAAGAAAAAAAUCAAUUUCAUUUUGAAAUAGGUACGCAUGAACGAAUUUACGACCAACUUAUCCUCGACACCGAAAAAACUGCUUCACUUUCUCGUUUUUUUUUCUUUUAUUAUCAAGAUUUGAUAAGCUGAACUAAAUGCAAAAUUUUGCCAUUAAACUCCAUAGUUCAGUCCAUAAUUUAUGUUAAAAAAAUAUGUUCCGGCGAUGAAUAAGAAUCACCGCGAAAAAUGGAGAUUACGAGUUUAGAACGAGAGGGUGCGAAAGUGGAGAAGGAUGUCUUUGCAUAUCAGGUUUCCUAGAUUCAAUAAAAUCGUACAACCUGCUUACGUGUUUAUCGCAGACUCUGAAUGAUUGAGAAAGUAAAAAAAUAUAUGAAGCGAAAUGAUAAUUUAUUAUUCGUAAUGUAAAUUAUAUAUUAUAUAAGGACAUAAUGAAAAUGAAGCUUUCUUCAAUAAUCUGAUAUUUGAAAAUUCUAUGCGUAACUGUAACACGAUGAAAGAAGCCUAAUUAAUUCACAUGCUAAUAAAUCUCGAUUAUUUCGAUGCUCGAUUUUGUUAUAUCGUCGUACCGAAAUUUUUGCCAAAAAAAAUACGUAUUUUUUUGCGUUUCACGACGUAUAUUUGGAUUUCGCUGUUUGCAUUUUGUGAAAUGACAGAGAAAUAGAGAGGAAACGAGGGAAAAAUGUCUUGAGGAAUUAGUGAACGGCUUAUGCGUAUGAUCUCAAAAUAGGACGACGAAUGUUCGACGAAAAGUAUUAAGAGGGGCAUGAAUAAUUCUUUUGUCUUUGCAAAAUAACCGAAAAGAGAGAAGAGAAAUGAAAACCAAACGUUGACACGGUUAAAAAGUACGAAAAUGGAAAAAACUUUGAAUAUAUGAGUAGAGUUAAUUGUCUUUAAGGAUAUGAAAAGCGUGUAUGAAUAAUAUAAAGAGGGCGAAACGAUCACUGCAGCUCGUCAUUUGCAGAGUCGGAAAACUUGUGUUUUUGCUUCUCCAUGAUAUAAACGCGUUUUCGUACGCGCUUUAGUUCGAUAGCUUAUGUGCGCUACGACGACGGCCGUAUGUAAAAUCUUCCAAGCGACCUAAGUACGACUUAAGUGAAUUUGUGUUGUUGUUUUUGUUACUCGAGAUCAACGAGACCGAAUGUUUGUCAAUCUCGUGAACAAUAAUCGAAAAAGCAAUUGAGUCAAUCGGAUAGCUUGUGCGCACAUACUAAUUGACGUUUUGGGGAUAGUGGGCCCGUGUCAGCUGUCAAUUCGUAUCGAGCCAUCAACUUUCAUCGUCAGGUGCAGCUCACUGUGAAUAUUCGCUGAUUGAAUAAUGCGGAGGGAAAGGAUGAAAAACAAAACGAAAGAACGUAACGAUACAAAAAGAGAAGAGGAGUGGAUCACUUUAUUUAUAAAUUUGUUAACAACAUUUUUGUGUUGUUCGUAAGAGAUUGUAAGUGACAAAACGUUAUUGUAGAAUGUAGUAGAUCGAUAAGAACACGCUUAUUACAAAGUCCUUUGUACCUUUAUUGUUGAAGAAUAUGUUUUUUGAUUUUCUCGUAAACAUUUUAAUGCUCGAAGGUAUGCCAUAAGCGAAAACAAUGAAUAAAGUGAAAUAAAACGGUAUGGUAAACAGAUAAACGUUUCAUCCAAUCGAUCGGAUCAUGAGAAACGGCAAAAUGACGUUUUCGGCUGGACCUAUUUCCUUCGCGAACGACGUCGUCCCUGUUCAGACGAAUUUAUAAAAAAGUCAUGUCAAUCGAACAAACCCAAACCAAUAUUCAAUCGGAAUUCGUAACACGAUAGAUCGCAUCGAGAGCGUGAAUGUGAAAUAAGGACAAAAUUUUGAAAACUGGAAAGUAUUAUUGUCGAGAAACGUUUUUUCAAUUUAGGAACGAGCGUAGCCUAAAAGUACACAAGUAAUAUACAUAUAUACAAAUAUAUAUAUAUAUAUAAACACGAAUAUAUAUUGUUACUGAUAGAAACAAGAGAGAGAGAUAAAACAUAACGAAAUGGAAAGUUAACGAAAUCUUUCUGUGCAAAAAAUAUAAUUCAAGCGUUGUUAUAUCGUUAAUCUACUCUGAAUAUACAUAUAUAAAUAUAAAUAUACACGUAUAGUUGAGAUUACCAAGUGGUGAACGAGUGUGUAAUGGUAUCUGAGAACAAACGAAGAGAACGAAUGAGAGAGAAAAAGCGAAAGAAUGAGAACUUAUUUCCGAGAUGAAAAAUUGUCGCCUGCCGAUGCUACAUCAUCAUAUCAUAAUCGUCGUCGUGUAUAAAAUGAUAUUUAGAAACAUUACGAAAUGAAUAGUGUAUCAAAACAUAUAGAUUAUAAUAAAAACGUUGUCCGGUGCAAACAAAGGUCGAAAUAUAUGUUCAUCUUAUGUAUUUUAUCCUAUUCAUAUAAAUAUAGACAUAUAUACGUUUACAAACUUUAUUAUAUUCAUCGAUAUGAAUCCGUGAAGAUAGGACAUGUAUAUUAAUGUGAAACGUGAACGAGAAACAUGAAUUUUGUGUGACAGACACUUCGUUCGUUUAGCUUGACAAAUAAAACGAUGCUAUUGAGAAAA